AUGAACAGCAACACAGAUUUCACUCAGCUAUGGCAUCGCCAUCUGGCCAACCUCCGCCAUGACUUCUCGGCUGGAGCUGUUGACAACGUUCGUGUACAAGCUUCGCCUUCGGAGACGGCAAGGAACGUGGAUAGAAGAGGAGACAGUGAAGCUACGCCCAGGGGCGCUGAUCAUCAUGAUAUCCAAGCGACGUCGCUUUCCGUUGGACUUGAAUGGGAUGGAGACAUGGAGAUGGUUAUUGGUGCUUUGCAGGAGCUUGAGGUUCAAAGCCCUAUAACCGCCACCGAAGCCCUCAGCCCCGAUUCACCGUGGUUCAGAGACCCUCGUCUCCGCCGUGAUGCCGAUGGUGAUAGGGAUAUAGAGAUUGAGACUGUGGCGUCGUCACCUCAAAAUUCGAGCUGGUCGAGGACCGUAGCGCCUCCGAAAGGACAACGAGCCCGUUUAUCUUUGCAACUGCAACCACCGAAAAGCCCGGUCAGCCUCUACACGUCUGCGCCUGCUGAGGGACUUGAUACAAAUGCUAGAGCACGGACAGACUGGUACAGAGAUCAUGCAACACUCCUCUCACAUUCUCAGCAGUUAUACGAGACUUACUCGGCUUAUCCAGCAUCACCAGCCUUCACCACCCCUCGACCUGAACCCGAGACCGAACCACCAGAACCAAAAACCAGGUUCAGCUCCACCUUCUCGCCCUCCCAGCGCAGUCGCUACGCACAGCUAGCCGAAGAAGUCAACGUCUUGAUCCUCAGCUGGGCUACGACAACCACAACAAUAACCGCCAAGCAACAAGGGCCAAUCAAACUCAGUUCAAGUCGGCAAGGGAUCAAUACCUCCACAGAUUCUGUCCGAAACUGCUUCAAACGACUCGGAUAUCGGGUUCAAUGCCGACUGAUUCCCGAGGACUAUCCCACUGCGGCUGUGGAGACCAUUCUGGCCAAGUUUCUCGCGGACUCUGACAUGAGUCAGGAGAGGAAGAAGUUGCUAGUCAUUUACUAUGCUGGGGGAGCGGGCAUGGUUGGAGGAAGGAUGAUGUUUGCGAAUGCGAUUGGCUCGAGUCAUUUCUUUUGGGAGGACAUUCGCGAGCCCAUCAUGUCGAGUGAGGGUGACGUCUUGCUCAUCCUUGACUGUCAUCACUCUAUGAGGUCGAAUGGGAGCACAAAAGCAGAAGAUCAACUGAUGGUCGACCCGGGCCUGGCAUCUUCACCCUCCGUCAAGCAACUCUUGGGCACCUACGUUCCUGUUCCCUUGCCCCGAACAGAAACUCCCAACAACAGCUCGAAUGGAGGCACAUCACGAACAACGCAAAUGACCCAAAUCCUUUGCAGAAUCCUGGACAGCGCCCACGCUAGAGGAGACGGCAAGAUAUCAGUGCAGAGGUUGUGCUCGUGCAUGAAAAGUGAGUUGCGACAGGACGGAACGGAACUGGAUCAAAUGGUGUUUGUUACGCAGUUGGGGGGAAGACACUUGAUGGAUAUCGAGUUGCCUGUGUUGUCUGCCGGCAUCGAUAUCGGCGUUAGAGGUGGCAAUGACGUCGGCGGCGGUGUAUCGCGGGGUAUGGGAGUCCUCCGAAGUUGAUAUCACCGGGGAAGCAUUCAACUACACCUCAACUUGGUCUUCCGUCUAGUAUGGGUGUUGGUGAUGGAGAAGCAAUAACCUGGCCUAGUCUCCGGCACAGGUGUGAUAUAUCCCUGAGAGCUGAAGACUAAAACUCCAAUGAC